AUGGCGGCGCCUCUCCUUGGCUGGGAGAGGAGUCCCGAGCACGUUGUUUCCAGUGUAAACCCUCGCUUUGGUUACAAACCCUGCCUUCCUCCCCUCCCUCCCCCCUCCGGAGGCUGUGUAUCUGUCUCACAUUCACAUCCCAGCCUGUCACUAGCACAUCCGAAGGCGAGCAUGGCGCAAAGGGGGCCACUCGUGUCUCCAACAGGGACCCUCCCCAGGACAGCCCCUAGCCUGGCGCUGCUGCUGCUGCUCGGUGCCUGCUGGGCUGCGCGCCCCUCGGAGCAGUGGGGCGGCCAGAGCUCCAGCUGGGUGACCCGGGCAAGAAGGAACCCGCGGGAGCUGCUGUUCCGCGGCGGAGGCGGCGGCCGGGAGGAGGCUAGUGCGCUGGGGCGCGCUGGCGAAGGCGUGGGGGCUGCUGCGGGGAGUCGCUCCAGGAGAGCAUCCUCCACCUCCUCCCACCCAGCCAGGGAGCAGGUCUCUCUGAUCAGCACCUCCUUCGUGCUCAAAGGGGACGCGUCUCACAACCAGGCGAUGGUGCACUGGACGGGCGAGAACAGCAGUGUGAUUCUGAUCCUUACCAAGUAUUACCAUACUGACAUGGGGAAGGUGCUGGAGAGUUCUUUGUGGAGGUCAUCAGAUUUUGGAACAUUAUAUACAAAGCUGAAUCUGCAGCCCGGGAUUACUACAGUCAUUGACAAUUUCUACAUUUGUCCCACCAACAAAAAAAAGAUAAUUCUUGUGAGUUCUUCACAUAAUGACCGGGACCAGAGCCUUUUCAUGAGCAUAGAUGAAGGAGCCACUUUUCAAAAGCAGCCCAUUACCUUCUUUGUGGAAACCCUGGUUUUUCACCCAAAAGAUGAGGAUAAGGUGAUUGCUUACACCAAGGAAGGCAAGCUAUAUGUGUCAGUUGACUUGGGGAAAAAAUGGACUCUUCUGCAGGAACGAGUGUCAAAAGACCAUAUUUUUUGGGCCGUUGCCGGAGUUGACAGAGACCCUGAUUUGGUUCAUAUGGAAAUCCAGGACCCCAGUGGAGGUUAUCGCUACAUCACCUGUCAGAUUCAGAAUUGCUCUGAUAAAACACCAACAGUCCAGUUUGCUGGCAGCAUCGACCGGGAUUCCUUGACUGUGCAGGAUGACUACAUAUUCCUCCAGACAACAUCAGCAAAUCGGACUAAAUAUUAUGUCUCUUACCGUCGAAAUGACUUCAUACAGAUGAAGCUACCAAAAUACGCAUUGCCAAAGGAUUUACAGAUUAUCAGUACAGAUGAAAACCAAGUAUUUGUGGCUGUUCAAGAAUGGUACCAGACAGACACGUACAACCUGUACCAAUCUGACCCACAGGGUGUAUACUACUCCAUUUUACUAGAGAAUGUCAGGAGCACUAAGCAGCCAGAAGAGAAUGUCCUGAUAGAUAUUCUGGAGGUCAGAGGUGUUAAAGGAGUCUUUUUGGCCAAUCAGAAAAUUGAUGGGAAAGUUACAACUCUAAUAACCUACAACAAAGGUCGUGACUGGGACUAUCUGACCCCUCCAAUCUCUGAUAUGAAUGGUAAACCAACCAACUGCAAACCUCCUGAUUGCCAUCUUCAUCUCCAUCUCCGCUGGGCAGACAAUCCAUAUGUGUCAGGAACAGUCCAUACCAAGGACACUGCACCAGGGCUCAUAAUGGGGGCAGGUAAUCUGGGUUCCCAGCUGGUUGAGUAUAAAGAAGAAAUGUACAUAACAUCUGAUUGUGGGAAUACCUGGCGGCAGGUCUUUGAAGAAGAACAUCACAUCUUGUAUCUGGACCAUGGUGGAGUCAUUGUGGCCAUCAAAGACACUUCUAUCCCUCUGAAAAUACUCAAGUUCAGCAUAGAUGAAGGUCAGACAUGGAGUACACAUAAUUUCACCAGUACGUCAGUCUUCGUAGAUGGGCUACUCAGUGAACCUGGAGACGAGACAUUAGUCAUGACAGUCUUUGGACACAUCAGUUAUCGUUCAGACUGGGAGCUAGUGAAAGUAGACUUCAGACCAUCUUUCCCUAGGGAGUGCACAGAAGAUGACUAUGAAUCUUGGGACCUCACAGAUCUACAGGGUGAUCGCUGCAUCAUGGGUCAGCAGAGAAGUUUUCGGAAGAGGAAGAUUUCAUCCUGGUGCAUUAAAGGGAGGAGUUUCACAUCUGCUCUCACAUCCAAAGUUUGCGAGUGUGCAAACUCUGAUUUCUUAUGUGAUUAUGGAUUUGAACGUUCAGCACCUCUGAAAUCAGAAUCCAGCAAGUGCUUUGCUAACUUUUGGUUUAACCCAGAAUCACCUCCUGAAGAUUGCGUAUUAGGGCAGGCCUAUGUGAGCAGCACAGGGUACAGGAAAGUGGUUUCUAAUGUAUGUGAAGGUGGUGUUGACUUGCAGCAGAAUCUAGCCCAGCAUAUGUGUCCACUGAUUGCUCCCAAAAGCCUGCAGAUCAGCAUCAAAGGAGAGAGCCUAGCUGCUAAACCUGGAGAAGAUGUCACCUUUGUAGUCACACAAGAGCAGGGAGAUAUUCUAAAUACCAAGUACCAGGUGGACCUUGGAGAUGGCUUUAAGGCAAUAUAUGUGAACCUCACAAUGACAGGGGAACCCAUUCGGCACCGUUAUGAGAACCCUGGGAUUUACCGUGUCUCAGUCAGGGCGGAGAAUGUUGCCGGGCAUGAUGAGGCAGUGGUGUUUGUUCAAGUUAAUUCUCCACUGCAGGCUUUACAUCUAGAAGUGGUUCCAGUCAUUGGGAGAAACCAGGAGGUGAAUUUGACAGCCAUCGUAUUGCCCAAGAACCCUAACUUGACAGUCUUCUACUGGUGGAUAGGAAACAAUCUUCAGCCACUUCUCACUUUGGACAGUUUUUUGGUGACAAGAUUUGCUGAGACAGGUGAGGUGAGAGUUACAGUGCAGGCCUCCUGUGGGAACUCCAUGCUGCAGGAUUCCAAGAUUGUCCGAGUUUUUGAUCAUUUUCAAGUUCUUUCUCUAAAGUUUACUAAACAUCUGGACAUGUACAACCCCAACAUACCAGAGUGGAGGGAAGACAUAGGCCUGGUAGUAACACGACUUCUUGCAAAGGAAACUAAUAUCCCUGAAGAAACACUGGUGACAGUGGUGAAUCCUGGUCUGCCCACAACUGCUGAUUUGCUCGUGCUGCUUCCAGCAAACCAGCCAAAGCGGAAGAGAAGUAUAACUAGUGAUAAGAGAAUAGCUGCUAUAAAACAGGCCUUGAAUGCACAUAACAUCAGCCUCUUCCUGAGGGAAGGAUACUGGGUCUUAGUGACGUUAGCCAGCUCUGAUUCAGACUCUCAGAGGAUUGGAGGAGGCAGUGGAUACUGGGCUAUAGUGGUUCUCUUUGUUAUCUGUCUAGUUGUAGUUGGGGCCUUCAUUCUCUACAAGUUUAAAAGGAAACUGCCAGGCAGAAAUGUCUAUGCCCAGAUGCACAAUGAAAAGGAACAGGAGAUGACCAGCCCUGUUAAUCACAGUGAGGAUUCCCAGAACAUCAUCCAGGGUGAGGAGUUUAUUGAUGAUGAUCUGGAUUCUCAGACGCUAGGUAACGCAAGAGUGACUCCUUCUGGGAGAGGUGGAAACUUGAACAGCUACAGAGUUCCCUUAUUGCUGAUGCCGGUCAGUGUCCAGUCCCAGGCAAUCACUCAGGCGUGGUUUUGAGCAUUAACUCCAGAGAGAUGCACAGUUACCUGGUUAGCUGAUGUUUACAGCUGAACACAAAAACCGAAAGACUCUUCUCUGUAUUGUUUAAUUUUUCCCUGGGGAUGUCACCAAAUUGCAAACAUGGCUGUACCUGCUGGUGGAAAGUAGGUUCCUAAACAGUCUUGAAACGACUAGUGUCCAUCAUCUGUUACUGUAGACUGGGAACUUGUUACAAUUGAAACUCAAACUAAGGUAGCACAUUUGUAGCCCUAGGCACACUAGAUGCCACAUUUUCUCUUUUCUGUAUAUGUUCUUGUUCUUUAUGUUCAGUUUUAGAAGGAUUGGACUUUAGUUCUUUUUAUUGGGGGUGUUCAAUGUAAGACUGAAAUUCAGCAGCCCUGAAGAGUUGACUUUAAAAACCAGUGACUAGUAAGUACAAAGCAGAUGGCUGGUUGGUCGCUACAAAUUUGUACUUGUUUAAAAGGCUGUGACUGCCUGUUCUGGUUCAGCACUAAGAGAGGAAUGAGCAAGGAGAUAAAUGUACUCUUUAGCUCCUCUUCAAUCCAAGUUCUUACCUUUAAAAGGUGUGAGACAAUCUAAUGAGCUUCAGCUCAGCAUGUGAGUCCCUGCUAUAAAUUGAGUAAGUAAUAUGUUAAGACUUCUUGCAAGUAAAAUGAGGCCUAAGAAGCCCCCAGCACCACUCCCUCACCCCACACCCAACCCACCCAAAAAAACCCACUAGCUUGGUGCUACUUCCAGACCAGGUGCUUUCACUUCUAGAGGCCAGUUGGUUUAAGUUGCUCUUCUGUCAUCUUCUAACUUGAGCACCUCCAUCAUGGCAGUUGCAAGACCUGUUCUUAUAUAAUAAACAGUUCUGACUGCCUGUCCCUUUUUCUCUUUUUAAAAGUGUAAAUACCUCUUUUAAGUAGCUUUUUGUAUGUUUUUUUUUUAAUUUCUAUUUUGAGGGCAGAGGCCCGAUAUAUGUACGAAUUCUCCCCCAACUAGGUCAGUGCAGCACACCAGAACCUUUAGUCCUACAGAUACUUGGAGUUUCCCUUUGUGUUCAGUUCCUGCCUCUGAUGUAAGGAUGGGCAAACUCGCAGCUGAACUUCACCAUCUUUGAGGUGUUUGACAACCAGGAAGGAUCAGAGCAGGGAACUGAUGCAAUUUAAAGGAUUGCACUUCAUCAGUUUCACCACUGGGUGUCACUCUUUGUCCCUCAUCACUGAGCUGGGCCAUAUUUCUGUAGGGAAGGGCAGUGAAACUGUCAAAGGAGCCAGAUUGGGAAAGGCAUGUGGGUCAGUUCAGAGUUUGCUUAUCCUGACCUCUCUAUCCCCAGGGGUUGAGAGUCCUGAGGUCAUCACUAAAUCCACAUCUUGCAGGUUGUUUGUAUGUGGGUUUUUGUAGGGAUUUGUGUAGGAAAUGAACCACAGCAUGGUUCAGCCAAGUGUUUGACAUCCCCCAUGUAUCACAGCUGCCUGGAAUUAGGACACUCUCUCAGAAACCUAUUUAAUCUUUUCACCUUUUGCCUUCAACGGGGGAUGACUAGCUCUUUUUUACUCACUGAAUGUUGUACUAAUGCUUGUAGCUAAAUGUCCAUGCCACCUUCCUUAAAGGGAUUAUAGUCAACUAUAUACUUGUGAAUGACCAAGCAGUCACACUGGUGAGACAGAAGGGCACUAUCUAAAAAUUCUCCUAUGCAGUAGGUCGCUCUUCCAUGUAGCCAGGGAAUUAAUGAUAUCAUGGAAUAUGCUUUCUUCAGAAACAACAUAUUAGCAUGCCACCUCCUAUGUGGCAAUAUAAGCUCUCACAAAGCUCACAGAAUCUGUGUGUAAAGCACAAGAAAAUCUGGUUUAGGAAUUAACAGUAUGAAAGUGGAUGGGAACAUGUAAGGUGUGAAUGCUUGAAAAGAGUGGUAAGUGCAUGCCAACUGCUCAGGAAAAAGUCUGUUUGUAACCAUCUCACAGAAAUUUCAUCUUGCAAAGCCCUACAGGGCCCUGCAAACUAACCCACAGAGAGACAGGAAAUACUUGAGUUGACAAUACUGUAUGCAGGACUAAGUAUAAUUCUGACACAGUCAUAAGAACCAAAGACCAAAGGUCCAACUAGCCCAGUAUCCUGUCUUCUGACAGUGCCCAAUGCCAGGUGCCCCAGAGGGAAUGAACAGAACAGGCAAUCAUCAAGUGAUCCAUUUCCUGUUACCCAUUCCCAGCUUCUGGCAAACAGAGUCUAGGGACACCAUCCCUGCCCAUCCUGGCUAAUAGCCAUUGGUGGACCUAUUCUCCAUGAACUUAUCUAAUUCUUUUUUUAACCCUGUUAUAGUCUUGGCCUUCACAACAUCCUCCAUUCACCCAUUAGUGUCUGAGUCCUGGAUUUUCUGAGGUGAAGUGUCAAUACAAAAUACAUUAGUGCUUUGGAAGCUUCAGGACUGUUGCACCAUGCGCUUGCCCUGUUCACCAGCUCCUUACUGCUUUUAGGGGAAAUGAACUAGAAACAAUAAGAGUGGGGAAAAAAAAAAAUAUAUAUAUAUAUAUAUAUAUGGAGAUAUACCUAUCUCAUAGAGCUGGAAGGGACCCUGAAAGGUCAUUGAAUCCAGCCCCCUGCCUUCACUAUCAGGACCAAGUACUGAUUUUGCCCCAGGUGACCCCCUCAAGGAUUAAACUCACAACCCUGCGUUUAGCAGGCUAAUGCUCAAACCACUGAGCUAUCCCUUCCCCCAGCAAUGUUGCAAACAACUUUUUCUGGGAAGUAAAUUCAAAAUAGGGCAGGGGUGUGGAGGAUUGAACUCUUGAAUAAUGUAAAGAAUUGAACUUCUAUAUUAGAGUCUUUUUGUUGGUCUGCCUGCUGGGUAAGGAAAUUAUAGGGCCUAGUUCACAUACACUAAUUUUAUGCUUUGACGACUAUUCUUAUACAUUUACAACAGUUUGAUUCAUGUUUCUGUUGGCAGGAAACUGCUAUUGCAAAGCAAAAUAUUUAACUGAUGUGUAAGACUCUACUAGUCAUUAUCAUUAAUACUUAGCACUUAUGUACGGUGCUUGUAAUCUUCCCAGCAUUUUCCAACAUUAACUAAUUUAAUUCUUGAAACACACCUGUGAGGUUGGUAUAACAUGACUCACAAAUGUGGUGAGACACUGUUUUCUGAGGAGUUUUCAGUAUUGCCAUGUCUGUGUAAAUAAUAGCCAGUAGAUAAUAAAUCAAGUCUUUUGAGUUCCUGACCAGAAUGCCUUUAUAAUGGAUUAUUUCUAAAAUGGGAGGAUGUCAUUCCUAUGCAGUGCAACUGGUUUUUUGUUUAAAUGAAAACUCAUACCACUGGUAGAUUUUGAAUCUGUUUAACUAUGCCCACGGGAGCACAUUUUCUUUUUAAAGGGAAGAAGUGUGUAUAUACACACACACUUUUGUAUCUCUUUAUACAGAGAGAUGGACAAAUGCACAGAAAUAUAUAUGUACACACGUGUGUAUAUCACACAUCUAUAGAUAUGCACAGAGGCGCACACACACACACAAACUCUUAUAAUUAUAUUAAGUUCUAAGUGAGGAAGGACAAUAUGGGUAAGGAACAGGACUUGGGAAACAGGUGACAGGGAACAGGACUUGUGAAACAGGUCUUUCAAGAUAUUUAGAUGCCUAACUCAUGAGAAUUAGGUACCUAAAUAACUUCAAAAAUCUGGGUCUUAACCUGUAUGUACCUAAGUUUCCCCAUCUAUAAAAUGGGGAUGAUAAUACUUACUUAUUUCAUAGGGAUACCAUGAGGCUAAAUGUAUUACUCUUUGUUUGAGAUCCUCCAAAUGAAAGGACUAUAAGUGCAAAGUAUUAAUCAUUAAUUAUUUCUUUUUCUUAAUUAUUGUUAUGAUUAAAAGUAUCAUUUAAAAGGUUAUGAAUAAGUAUGAAAACCAAUAGCCCCACACAAAGGUGUUAAGAGUGUUAAAAAGCAAAAAUGUAGUUUCAAUCAAAAACAGCUUAUGGAAUAGCUAAUUGUGUGUCAGCAUCGUGACAUUGCCAUUGAUUUGCUAAUCUGCACACGGCUUACUAAUGUCUUAAAUUUAUUUGCAUUCGGCAAUGUUAAUGGGUAAAAGGCCUUAUAAUGUGGGUUCAGUGAGCCACCCACCACAUUGCGUCUACCAGUGCUGGUACUGGACUAUAGCAAAGACUAUAACAGCAUAACUGGCAAUAUGUUGGCCUCAUCUACACGUUGUGGCCUUCUUAGAAUGCCAAGUGUCUAACACUGUAAAAAGCAUGCCUUGAGUUCUAGAAUGAUCCUGGGAGACUUGGCUCCUUCUCAGUAAGGCGGUCUUAAACAAAACCUAGGGUUAGGGCUGCCAGCUUCGAUUUCCUCUCUACAUUAUGUGAAACAGCUUUCUGUGGCUGAUUUAGACAAUUUCAUUUCAGUUCUAAAACACUUCCUUCGUAGCAAGCUGCAGCAUACUCACAAAUGCAUCCAAGAGGUUUACGCACCCCCUCGCUCCCCCCCGACAUUGUAUAAGUGAACUUCUCAAAAAUUAAAGCAGUAAACUACAAGGUGUGUCUGUGAUACCUUUGAGGCCCAGUUCAUUGUGGUCCAGCCCCUUGUGUAGUCAUUUGCACCAGGUUCAAGUGGGUGUAAAAUGCUUCCUUAUUAGAAUGCUGAGUAGUUCUUUCCUCCUUAAACAGUCCUCAGAUUGAGUCUUACAUUUCCCCUCAAAUAGUCACACUGAAAUGAAUGGAGGUACUAGAGGAGAAAGGUAUUAAUCAAUGUGAGAAGGGGUAGUACAGGCUAGCCCCGUGUUAAUAACUGUUCAAUAUUUGCAAGUGAAAUAAGUUGGCAAUACUCUAGUUGUACGUACAACUAUUUAGGGAUAGAUUUUGAUACCCUUAAGCAUACUGUGUAGUAAUUUACUCCACGAAUAGCCCUAUUUGAGUUCAAUGGGACCACUCAUGGAGGAAACAGUAAAAUCUGAGUAAGGGUGUCAGAAUCAGGCGCUGAGAUACAGCAAGAUUUUCCCUCUUUCAUUCUGCAUCCUGUUUACCUUUUUUUAGUUUAGAUCCUGAUACACUGAAUUGUAUCUUACUUGAGUGGUAUGAUUUCAAUGGGAUUAAUCAAGGUUUCAGGUGCUUUUCAGCAUGAGUAAGGAUAUCAAAUUCUGGUGCUUUAGUUCUAUAAUUACUGCUGGUGGGACUAGUGUAGCCAGAUCAGUGUUUCUCCAUGUAUUACCAGGGGCUGGUACAAGAAUGAGGCAUUUUUCACCUAACCUUUUAAUGAUUACUACUUGUUUUGCCUUUUUGAUUAAAAAUCCUCUCUAAGGUUUUUGGGGAUCUUCUGCCCGUAGAUAGUGCCUCUUGAACCGAGGUCAGUGAAAUGUAACUGCAGUGGUGGCUAUUCUCCUCUACGCUGUGUGAUCCUGUGUGUGAAGAGAGACUUUUCUUUCUCAAAGAAUAAGAAAUAUGUUCAUUUGUUUGCAGUCUUCUUGACCAUGAACCAUUUUGGCUGUAGGUGUGUUUUGAAUUUUUAGACUUAUCAAAAGUUUACUACAUCAUAAAUAGGAUUGUGGCUAUUUUCAUUCAAAUCAUAGGUUUUACCACAUACCCAAUUUUAUUUCAUUGAAAAAAUAGAUUUAUUUUUGUUUUUUGAGGGGAAGGGUUUUUUUUUUAUUGCCUAUUCUUUGGCAUUCAAAGUCUUUAUUAUACAUGAGCAUUUGAUUGAUACAGUGCUAAAGUCACCAUCUCCAUUUAUAUUUCAGCUGUUUUAGAUUAAAAUAAAAACUUCACAUUAUGUCCAAAAUAAUGAAUUUUGGUUAGGAAGUUAUUUUCAAGCAUUUAACUUUUAGUAUGUAUUUCUCAGAUCAUUUCCAAUUCAAAAAUUCUAUGAUCUAUGAGCUCACCAGUCCAUUCAAAUGUAAACUUAUUCCCAGCACAUUUUCUGUUGUUUUCUCCAGUCUAGUCCCAAAUGAAUAUGGCUUCCACAACUUUCCUUGUGACACUUAUACAGUCUAAUCUAGCUAAUCUAUGGAAGUACCUCUAUGAUCUCCAUCACUAUAGUAUUUGAGUUCUGGAAGUAGCAGUAGUAUCUGCCCAUAAAGGUUUAUAUGAUAUCCAGCCUAAAUGUGAGAGUUCUUUAUUUCCUCUUAAUAUUUUUAGUGAUAAUCCCCUCAUGCCAUACUAUCUAAUAAACCUUUACCUCUGAUGUUUAUAUCCUUCAUAUUUUUAGACUAUUGCUAGAUAGUCACUUAAAAGCUCAAAUUCACAAAUGGGGCCAGAUUCUCAAAAGAGUUCCACUCCCAUUUAGACACCAAAAUAAGUGGCCACAUUUUUGGAAGUUACUCAGCAUGUUGGGCACGGAGCACAUUUGAAUAACUGUCCCUUGCAAGAGAGGUGAAGAUAAGGCAUGCCCUAACCACUGAGCUAUGGGAUAAUCUGAUGUGGGCCAGUCCCUUGGUUUCCUGUUAAAGCUGUUCCACUUUGGAUAAAUAAAGAAAGAGUCAGUGGAGCACGGAGACUGGCUCCUGGGUCUCCCAGAUCCUGGGUGAGUGCUCUAACCAUAAGGUUAUAGAAUCUUUCGUAUGCUCACUUGUGCUCUCUCUUUCUUAUUCUCCGUCCUCCUAGCUACACCCCCACCAUUUUGUGUGAUUUUUCCUUGAGUGGUCUGCUCCAGUAAGCAGCUUCUGAGCAUGUCUCCCAUAUUGGUGCCCUCAGGCAAGUUAGGGAGAGAAAUGCCUAUUUUCUCCUAGUUCAUGUAUUGCUUUGGAGCUUACGGUUAUCCAGACGCCUAGAGUGAGGCUGCAGUGCACAAGCUCUGGUGCAGAAACAUAGGCGCCUAGGGAACUUUUACUGCAAAAACUUAGGUGUGAACUGAGUGUAGGCACCUACAGCGUUCAGCAGCAGCUGAGUGUGGGUUUUGCAAAUACCCAUGAGGCCUGAUUCUAGGAUUUAGGUGCUUAAGUCCCUUUGUGAUCUAGCUCUGUUGGUUUAGGGAUGUAUGGCCUUAGGACUGCAGAAACAUAUAUUUACUAUCGCACAUGCAUACCCUCUCCCUCUCUCUAAAUGGAUGAAAAAAAAACCCAAGUGACCUUAAUUGGCGCUGAAAGGAAAAAGUGGAGACAUUCUUUUACCCUGACCAUUCUAACGAUAACGAUUUCCUUGCAACACCGGAAAACAUUAAUUGCAUUUGAACUUUAUUGAUCAUUCUUGAUUUCUUUGUUUUUGUAGAAUUUACAUUAUCAUGCUGUGAUAAUUCAUUGCAAUACAAAGGGUGUAAAGCCUUGCUACGUAGCGAUAAUUCAUACAACAGUAUACAACAUGUCUUAAAUAGUAUGCCUUUGUAGUGUAUUUUCCUAGUACUAUAAUAGGGUUAUUAACGACUUGUGAGACAAGGCUUUUUAAAUAUCAUAUGUUGAAAACG